AUGGAAGGAACGUACCGCUCUGCGCAUCCAUAUCCGGAAAAAGUGAUAUUCCCUGAGUUCUGCUGAUAGUCAGAUUUUCAGGUGUUCAAUCAUGGCAGUUGUAAUAAAUACUGAGCUGGACCCAGUGUUCCUAAAAGCUCUUGGCUACCUCCACUCAAAGAGCAAGGACUCUGCUGAGAAACUAAAGACCUUACUGGAUGAAUCUCUUUGCAAGGGCCUUGACAUCAGCUAUCGGCCUCCUCAGAAGGAUAUUGAGCUGCCUAAAGCAUCAAAACCAAAGGCCGAAGUAAAGUCUAGCAGCAGCACUCCUGUAAGCAGCAUUCUCAGCAAACCUCUUCCACCAGAGAAAGUAAAGAAAGAGGCAGAGAAAAGAACUGCAGAUAAGAUGAAAGUAGAGAUUAUAGACCCCGUGGACAUUCCUAAAAAGCCUCGACUGGAAAAGCCUGAAGCUCACUCCUCUCCAAUCACAGUACAAACCAGUAAAGAUUUAUCCAUACCCGAUCUCUCCAGUUUUGAUGAAACCAGUGCUGAUGAUUUUGCAAUGGAAAUGGGAUUGGCCUGUGUUGUUUGUCGACAAAUGACAGUCUUCUCAGGUAACCAGUUAGUUGAAUGCCAGGAGUGCCAUAAUCUAUACCACCAGGACUGCCACAAACCCCAGGUUACAGAUAAGGAUGUAAAUGACCCACGUCUUGUCUGGUAUUGUGCCCGUUGCACCAGGCAAAUGAAGAGGAUGGCACAAAAGAAUCAGAAGCCUUCACAAAAGCCUGCCCCGACAGCUGCAUCUGCAGCAACACCAGUAGUAAAGGAUCCCUCUGUAAACAAGCCAGAAGUGAAACCAAAGCCAGAUUCUAACAACACAUUUUUAGCUUUCAAAAGAGCAGAGGUCAAGGUUUCAGCUGCAGUUUCAGGAAAUUCGUCCACUACUGGGGUAUCCUCCACAGCUGUUAGUGGCCUCACUGGUUGGGCUGCGUUUGGAGCAAAGACUGCCACUGCUGUGCCAACUAGUUCCAAGUUAGGAACAACAGUCCAGGCUGCCAGUGGGAAACCGCCAACAUUAUCAACAGGGCAGAAACCUGCAGGUGUGUCCAGCCUAGUUUCCAAAGCAGGAUCUAUAUCUAAAACUACAUCUGGUGCUAGCAACACCAGUUCUACCCCACUGAAGCCCCUGCCACCUCUCAUUCUGGGAAAAACAGGGCUGAGCCGUUCUAUGAGCAAUGACAGUGUCAACAAAGUUAGCCUACCCAGCCCAAGCACCACAUCUUCUGCUAGUGCAAACAAUAUUAGCAUCCAGAUGAGCAGCAACAACGGAGGAGGAAGCAGUGCAAGCAGCAGUGGAAGCUCUAGCAGCAAAGUGACUGCGGAACAAUCUGGAGCAAAAGGCCCCACAUCUCAAGAAUCUCAGCUAAAUGCAAUGAAAAGGCUCCAAAUGGUAAAAAAGAAAGCUGCACAGAAAAAGCUAAAGAAAUGACCAUGUAUAAGUCAUGCUGAGACUCUGAUUAAUGCAAUUCAUAUACAUGUGUCUAACAUAUAGACUUAGUGACCAUUAUUUUCUGGACUGGAAAAACAAAAGACAAUUGUGUAAGCUAUAUCUUAAUAGUAAAAAGUUGUCAGGUUUGUUGUAGUAAUUGGAGGAAAUAAUCAUUUUAACCACUCAAAAUGAGGAAAAAUAAGAAGCGGAAGAAAUAUAUCACUUCUGGGGGAAACAAAUUAGUUUUUUCUUUAGCUCCCUACACAGAAGCACUUUGUGAAUCUAAAACUAUUAAGUAAGCAAGCGAGAUCUAUGCCUGAAACCCACUUAUGUAUUUUUACUUGUGUGCCUGUUUUGGAAAGAGAAAUGCUGGUUAGGAGAUGUUAAAGGAACAUUGUACUGUACAAUUUUCUCCCCUUUACUGCCUUUUCUUAGAUCCAUUUUACCUGCUGGAGUGUAAUAAAUGAUUUACAAAUAA